AUGUUUGUCAAGACCGUUCGCUCCGUCCUGCCGCCCGCGCGUCGCGGCUUUGCCAGCUCCGGCCUGAAGAAGAUCAAAGUGCACCAGCCCAUUGUCGAGCUCGACGGCGACGAGAUGACGCGCGUCAUUUGGUCGCAGAUCAAGGACAAGUACAUCCACCCGUACUUGGACUUGCCCAUCGAGUACUUUGACUUGGGGCUGCCCCACCGCGACGCCACGAACGACCAAGUGACGGUCGACGCGGCCCAUGCGAUCCAAGCGCACCACGUCGGGAUCAAGUGCGCCACGAUCACGCCGGACGAGCAGCGCGUGGAGGAGUUCAAGCUCCAGAAGAUGUGGCGCUCCCCGAACGGAACGAUCCGCAACAUCCUCAACGGUACCGUCUUCCGGGAGCCCAUCGUCAUCUCGAACGUGCCUCGCCUCGUGCCUGGGUGGCAGAAGCCCAUUGUCGUUGGCCGUCACGCCUUUGGCGACCAGUACAAGAGCACGGACUUCCUUGCGCCCGGUCCAGGCAAAUUUGAAGUCGUGUACACGCCAGCUGAUGGAGGCAGCAAAACGACACUGGAGGUGUACAACUUUGAGAGCGCGGGCAUUGGGCUGGCUAUGUACAACACGGACGAGAGUAUCUACGGCUUUGCCAAGAGCUGUCUCUCGUUCGCUUUGAGCAAGAACCAGGACUUGUACCUGUCGACGAAGAACACGAUCUUGAAAAAGUAUGACGGCCGCUUUAAAGACAUUUUUGAAGAGGUGUACCAGAGCGAGUUCAAGGCCAAGUACGACGCAGCGGGGAUCUCGUACACGCACCGUCUCAUUGACGACAUGGUCGCCCAAGCUCUAAAGAGCGAAGGAGGUUUUGUCUGGGCGUGCAAGAACUACGACGGUGAUGUCCAGUCGGACAUUGUCGCACAAGGCUAUGGCUCGCUUGGUCUCAUGACUAGUGUCCUGGUCGCCCCUGAUGGAAAGACAGUGGAGGCGGAGGCCGCGCAUGGCACGGUCACUCGCCACUGGCGUCAGUACCAGCAGGGCAAGAAAACGAGCACGAACCCCAUUGCUUCCAUCUAUGCCUGGACGCGUGGCCUCGCGCACCGUGGCAAGCUUGAUGACAACCAGGAGCUUGUGGACUUUUGCCUGGGCCUCGAAGAUGCAGUGAUUAAGACAGUCGAGGCUGGCCACAUGACCAAGGACCUGGCGAUUUGCAUCCACGGUUCCAACGUGACUCCGGACCACUACCUGUACACGGAAGAUUUCAUGGACAAGGUCAAGGACACGUUUGACGCUGCUCGCAACUAA